CCGGGCCCGGAGCUGCAGGAUGGCGGCGGCGGCGGCGGCGGCCUCGGCGGCGGCCUCGGCCGCAGGCGGCGGGUCGGUUAGUGGCUCGCGGGGCGCCGGGGCGCGGGAGGGCGCGCGGGUGGCGGCGCUGUGCCUGCUGUGGUACGCGCUGAGCGCGGGCGGGAACGUGGUGAACAAGAUCAUCCUGAGCGGCUUCCCUUUCCCCGUGACCGUGUCGCUCUGCCACAUCCUGGCUCUGUGCGCGGGGCUCCCGCCGCUGCUGCGGGCCUGGCGGAUCCCCCCCGCCCGCGGCCCUGGGCCCGGCUCUGGCCCCGGCGCGGCCUCGGGCACCGACCCGUUGCCGCCCCGCUUCUACCCGCGCUACGUGCUCCCGCUCGCCUUCGGCAAGUACUUCGCGUCUGUGUCGGCUCAUUUCAGCAUCUGGAAGGUGCCCGUGUCUUACGCGCACACCGUGAAGGCAACCAUGCCGAUCUGGGUGGUGCUGCUGUCCCGGAUCAUCAUGAAGGAGAAGCAGAGCACCAAGGUAUAUUUAUCCUUGAUCCCUAUCAUCAGCGGUGUCUUAUUGGCCACAGUCACUGAGUUGUCCUUUGAUAUGUGGGGGCUCAUCAGUGCUCUGGCAGCGACCCUCUGCUUUUCCCUUCAGAACAUAUUCUCCAAAAAGGUGCUGAGAGAUUCAAGGAUCCAUCAUCUUAGAUUGUUGAACAUACUUGGAUGUCAUGCUGUCUUUUUUAUGAUCCCAACAUGGGUUUUGGUUGACCUUUCUUCUUUCCUAGUAGAGAAUGACCUGAAUUCGAUUUCCCAGUGGCCCUGGACUUUAAUGCUGCUCAUAAUCAGCGGAUUUUGUAACUUUGCACAGAACGUCAUUGCUUUUAGUAUUCUUAACUUGAUCAGCCCAUUGAGUUAUUCUGUUGCAAAUGCUACAAAAAGGAUCAUGGUUAUCACAGUAUCCCUCAUAAUGCUACGCAAUCCAGUCACCAGCACUAAUGUUCUGGGCAUGAUGACAGCUAUCUUAGGGGUCUUCUUGUAUAAUAAGACCAAGUAUGAUGCAAAUCAAGAGGCCAAGAAGCAUCUUCUACCUGUGGUAGCUGGAGACCUUGGAAAUCCUGAUCACCAUCGGAACACACCAGAGAAAUCUCAGAAUGGAAUUCUUUUCCCUCAGCAUGGGGACUAUCACUAUGGUCGAACCAGUGUCUUCACAGAUCACUUUCAGUACAACAGGCAAAACUAUCCAAACACAUACAGUUUAAAUCACUAUGAUGUAUAGAAUAUAGAAGACAGGUAGAGACUGUUACAAAAUUCUUUUCCCCCCAAGCAGUAUCAGAAACUUCUGACACACCAGUGAAUUCAGAAUCAUAGAAUGUACUUUUCCUGCAGAUGGGAAGGUGCAUGAUUGUCAAUGAUACAAGCGUUAUCUUCUGCUAAACACAUUCUUAUGCAUGGAGCACCUUCCCUAGGGAUCCUGGAGCAGGGAGUAUACUUGCAGUGCAAGAGUUUGGGGUUCUGGUGAAAGGUAAACUGUCAGACUCCAGGAGAGGGGGAUUUUGGCUGGCUGUGUUAUCUUGGAGUUUGACACUGGAGGAUUGUGUUGAUAGGAAAAUUGUGGCCAGUAUUACUUUUCUGUGCUUAAUUUUCUGAAGCCAUGUGUUUCUAAGUUAACAUCUUUGUUUUCUGAAUGAAGUUACCUGAGAUCCUUUUUGGAAAAUUUAAAUUUCUAGAUAUGCUCUUCAUGGGUCGGCAUUCGGUUAUUUGUUGUAUCAUGGGCAAGGAUUGUGCCUGAGUGUCUAGAAACCAAAGUUUGCAUUGCACUACUUGAACAUGUCUGGGUCACGACAGCAUGGGUGGUAAAGGGCUUGGUUGGUAGGAAUUUGUGACCCAAUUUUAAUGGUUUCUAUAGAUCGUCCAAAAUUAGGGAUUUUUUUUUAAAUUUAAUCAGAGAAGGGUCAGUGCUAAAAGAAUUUUCUUAAUGACCAUGAAUAGUACUUCAGAUAGUCUUUUAAUAUAAGGAAAAGCUAAGUAGUUUCCCAAGGCAUUGUGACAAUCCAUUUGUGAUCCUUAACAAAUGUAAAGAAAAUGAAAAAUCAAUAGACUGGAUUUUCCAUCCUGUUUGCAUUCUGGGCACGCAUCAUUUGUUUUUGUUGCUGGGCAUGUUCAGUCCGAUUCUUUGACCUGAAAUUCUGAAGUUGCACUGGCUCACAUCCAUAGAAGGAAAUUCAUCUCCUCCUCUUCCAUUGCAGGAAAGAGCAGAAUAUUUUUCUCUCCUUGAUGGCAUCAAGUGGUAUCAGCAGCAAGGGGAGUAUCAUUGCAGAUAUUUCCUGAUUAAUAAAAGGCACAUAAGGAAAUAAUAAUUGGUGCUUUAAACAGCUCUUUCCCCAGGACUUGUAAUGUGUCAUUCUAUGAGGUUGAAUUGGGUGAAGAUUUGGCAGACAGAUGCUGCCAAAUGAAGUUUUUAUAGGAAGGAUUUUGCACUUUCUUCAGGUGAUUUUGUAAAUGUGUGUGUCUAUCCUUGGCUCUCUGACUCCCUCUUGAAUCUAAAGCCCUUUGCUUUCAAGUGUUUCAAAAUAAUGAUCUAUUGGUAAUCACAAACAUUUGCCUGAUAUAUUUCUUUAUACUGUAGCUACUUUGCAGAUUUCUGAGUACUGUAAUCAGGGGAAAACAGAAAGGAAUUCAAGGAUACUCUGCGAGUUUAUUUCAUUCUUUCCUAAUAUAAAUGAUCUGAGCUAUGUUGAAUAUUUUUAAUUACAUUAUUCAGAAUUAUGUCUCCCAUGUAGGAUGAAAGGUUAUUAGUGCACUUGGUUUUUUAAACACACAAAUGAACGAAACCUUUUGACCGGGAUUAAGAUCUUAGACCUUAGUUUCUGGGUAAUGAAAAUAACAGUGGAACCCCAAUUUAAAAACAUGGCUCUUCCAUGGAUUUGGUACUAUUACUUGUAUAAGCAUGUUCUGUCCUGUUCUUUUCAGCUUUCUAACAUUACUGCAUUUUGAAAAGGCCCAAUAGAACAUGCUUAGCCCAUGAGGUCAUUGUGACCUCAUGGUCACAAUGUAAACUUGUCCCAUGCCCUGGCCUUCUAAAGGAGUUCUGCUUUAGGUGAUGAUCUUUUAGCUCAAACCUUUGGCUUCCUUGUGAAAUACUGGUUGGAUACCUCCGUGUAUCCUUGUUGAUUCUGUUGACAUAUGUAUGCUACUGUAGGUUAGAGGUUUCAGACACGCAGCUUUCAGACCCAUGCAGCCCACAACACUCCUAAGUGUGCCUGAUCCAGAUUAAAAUGUAAUUGGGAAAUAUUUAACAAAAUAAAUAAAAAUAAGACAGAUAAUAGUACAUUUCAAAACCAUGUCAAUAUGUGGCCCCCAGGGAUCCUUAUGUGGAAUAGCAGCUUCGUUUCUCUCUGUUUGACACCCCUGCUAUAGAUAACAACCCAGCUUCAUGUCCUGUGCCAUUCUUGUCCUUUCAUAAAGGAUUUACCUAAUGUACUGAUGGCCUUCCUUCCUUUCUCUAUAUAAUGAGCGCUUUAAUAGAGACCAGGGCAGCAUUUGGGCUGUUCCAUCUUUGAUUCCUCUUUUUUUGGUACAUGCCGAGUUCUAUCACCUUUUCUGCUCAUACAUGGGAUAAAACCUUUAGAGGGAGACACACACUGUGGCAACUGUUUGCUCAUUGACACAAUCAGGAAACAUAUGAAGAAAUUACUUUUUCCUUCUUGUUUGUUAGACUAAUGAAAUAACUCAACUUCUUUUGUAUUCUUUUGCAUGAAAAUGAGCCAGUAUUGUAACCAACAUUUGAAUCCAUUUUUUAGGUUGCUACUUUUUUAUAGUAAGUUUGCUAGUUAAUGAAUAAAAUCAGUCAAAAGAAGCGAAUGAUCAGCUUUGUAAAGUCCCAGCACUGCUUCCAGUCCCUCUGCCCAGAUUGGACUUUUAUAUGCUGCCAAUUAAUUUAAAAUUGAUUGUUUUUGUGGCUGAGCUCUCUGUGUCUAAGGUUGAGUACAGUUACUACUUCAUAUCACAAGGCAUUACAUGAAAGAGAUGCAGAUAUUGAAAAGCACUUCCCAAAUUUCUUUUUUUUCUUUUUUUUUUUUUGUUUUGUUUUUGUGAGGCAAUUGGGGUUAAGUGACAUGUCCAGGGUCACACAGCUAGUAAGUGUGUAAAGUGUCUGAGGUCGGAUUUGAACUCAUAUCCUGAAUCCAGGGCUGUUGCUCUAUCCACUGCACCACCUAGCUGCCCCACUUCCCAAAUUUCUUAAUGAUGAGGGCUGGACCCGAAACAUGAAUUUUUUUUUUCUUGCAGCAGCAUUUGGGCAAUACUGAGACAUUUUUUGCACAUUCUAGUUAAAACAGCAAAGUGGUAUUUCUGGCUUUUGCCAUUUGAUCUCUUGAACAUAGUAAUCCAACUCCAAAAAACAUCCAGGUAAAAGAAAGUCUCUGAUAUAAUUGCAGUUUGUGUUCAUUUAAUUUUUCAAUGCAGGAUCUUAUGUGGGUGAGGUGAAACAGCUGCUAAAUACCAUGUGUAAAUUAAUGAGUGUCCCCAACUCUGUACAUCAGCUUGUAGCAGGUACGUACACUGGAAUGAAAAGACCCUGGGGGACAGUCAAGCAAAAUGUUCCUCAUCCUCCAAGGAAAGAAAACAAAUCUUUAAGAUUGUAAAUUUGCUCAAAGUACAUACCUUUUAAGCAGCACAUUAGUUAUGUUGAGGCUCUCUCUGAUAGUUUAAGAUAAUUUACUGUCUAUGUAAUUUUACAUGAGGAAGGGGAAACUCCUAUCACUCUAGGUAGUUAAGCCUCUGCAGCUUUUCCCCGUCUUCAUUUUAUUAUGUAUCUUGAUGGAGUCAUGAAAGAAAACGUUUGUUUGCCCUGGAAAAUAACAAGAUAUAGGAUAAUGAUAAUUUUCAUAGAGACAAAAUGUUAUUUAUAAAUACUUGAAAUUUUGCAGGCCUGUUUCAAUUAUGUUGAACCUGUUUUCCAGACCAAAAUGCUUCCAGAUUGUGUGUGAAAGUGAAUUUUUCCAUGUUGUGUAUGUUCACCAGUGGCAUUUACACAAAAUAAAGAAGCCUCCACAGGAAAA